UUAUACUUAGAGUCACAGACUCGGCUCCGUCAUUAGCGGGGGAGCACAGCUUGCACACUGCCAUCCGAAAUGCAGCUGGGGAGCUCCACUCGCCUGGCCUGACAGCACCGGACACUCUCUGGACCAAGGAUGAAAGAUCUGCUGGUGGUGCCCCUUGGGCACGUCCUCACCCUGGCAGCCCUCAGCCUGGCCGAGACACUUCAGAAAGCCCCCUUUAUCAGCACUCCCCUGGAAACUGUGGACGCGCUGGUGGAGGAAGUCGCCAAGUUCGUGUGUGUGGUGGAGUCAUACCCAGAGCCAGAGAUAACAUGGACACGCAACAGCAUUCCCAUCAGGCUGUUUGACACCCGGUACAGCAUACAGAGGAAUGGGCAGCUCCUGACCAUCCUCAGCGUGGAGGACAGCGAUGAUGGGGUGUAUUGCUGCACGGCGGACAACGGGGUCGGCGUGGCCGCCCAGAGCUGCGGGGCUCUGCAAGUGAAGAUGCGACCGAAAAUAACCCGGCCACCUCUGAAUGUGGAAAUCAUAGAAGGGUUAAAGGCUGUUCUUCCAUGCACAACAAUGGGAAAUCCAAAACCUUCUGUUUCGUGGAUCAAAGGAGAAACCGUUGUAAAGGAGAAUGCUCGCAUUGCUGUUCUCGACUCAGGGAAUUUAAGGAUCCACAAUGUUCAGAGAGAAGAUGCGGGGCAGUAUCGGUGUGUAGCCAAAAACAGCCUGGGCACAGCCUAUUCGAAACCUGCGAUAGUGGUCGUGGAAGUUUUUGCCAGAAUACUGAAGGCUCCCGAAUCCCAAAACGUCACCUUCGGCUCCGUGGUGAUGCUGCGGUGCACAGCGGCAGGCGCUCCGGUCCCCACCAUCACUUGGCUGGAAAACGGGAAAGCUGUUUCCGCAGGGUCUAUAGUGGAAAGCGUCAAGGACAGAGUGGUUGACUCCAGGCUGCAGGUGUAUGUCACCCGACCUGGGCUGUUCACUUGCCUCGCCACCAACAAGCACAGCAAAACCUUUGGUGCUGCGAAAGCUGCCGCAACCGUCAGCAUUUCAGAGUGGAGCAAGCUGUACAAGGGCGAUGCAGGCUACUGCAGCACCUACAGAGGCGAGGUGUGCAGCGCCAUCCUGGCAAGCAAUGCUCUGGUUUUCUUCAACUCCUCCUAUGCUGACCCUGAGGAGACCCAAGAGCUGCUCGUGCACACUGCCUGGACUGAGCUGAAAAUGGUGAGUGCCUUCUGCCGACCGGCCACCGAGUCCCUGCUGUGCAACUACAUCUUCCAGGAGUGCAAGCCCUCGGGAGCUGGGCCAGCCCCCAAGCCUGUGUGCAGAGAGAAUUGCCUUGCUGUAAAGGAUCUCUACUGCUUUAAGGAAUGGCUCUCAAUGGAGGAAAACUCUCAGAGGGGGAUCUACAAGCCAGGGCUGAUGCUGCUCGCCCUUCCCGAGUGCAACAGGCUCCCCAGCCUGCACCAGGACCCCAGUGCCUGCACUCGCAUCCCUUUCUUUGAUUUUAAGAAGGAGAAUAUAACCAGGACUUGCUACAGCGGCAAUGGCCAGUUUUACCAGGGCUGGGUCAAUGUCACGGCCUCUGGCAUCCCCUGCCAGAAGUGGAGCGAGCAGGCUCCCCACUUGCACAGAAGGACUCCUCAGGUCUUUCCCGAGCUGGCUGAUGCUGAGAACUACUGCCGCAACCCAGGAGGUGAAAACGAGCGUCCCUGGUGCUACACAAAAGACCCAUCUGUGACUUGGGAAUAUUGCAGCGUGUCUCCCUGUGGAGAUGCAUCCUUAUCACUAGGAACAAGAAAACCAAAUGGAGAGAUUCCAAACCUCCCCCCUCCUCCAUCCUUUUCCCCUACAUACUCCAUGACUGUUAUCAUCUCGAUCAUCUCCAGCUUUGCCCUUAGCGUGAUCCUUGGCAUUGUCACCCUUGUUUGCUGCCGUCGACGAAAGCAAUGGAAAAACAAAAAAAGAGAGUCAGAAACACCGACGCUCACCACUCUGCCCUCCGAACUCCUCCUGGAUCGGCUGCACCCCAACCCCAUGUACCAGCGGAUGCCCCUUCUCCUUAAUCCGAAACUGCUCAGCCUGGAGUAUCCCAGGAACAAUAUUGAAUACGUGAGAGAUAUUGGGGAAGGAGCAUUCGGGAGAGUCUUCCAAGCAAGGGCCCCAGGGCUGCUGCCGUACGAGCCUUUCACCAUGGUGGCAGUGAAGAUGCUGAAGGAGGAAGCAUCCGCGGACAUGCAGGCCGACUUCCAGAGGGAGGCAGCCCUCAUGGCUGAAUUUGACAACCCGAACAUUGUCAAACUUUUAGGCGUGUGCGCUGUCGGGAAGCCCAUGUGCCUGCUGUUCGAGUACAUGGCCUAUGGGGACCUCAACGAGUACCUGCGUGACCGCUCGCCCCGCAACCUCUGCAGCCUGGCUCAGCAGGGCGGCCUGGAGGCGCGGGUCUGCCUGCCCGGCCCCCUGGCGCUGUGCUGCACCAGCCAGCUCUGCAUCGCCAAGCAGGUGGCUGCGGGCAUGGCCUACCUCUCUGAGCGCAAGUUCGUCCACCGGGACUUGGCCACCAGGAACUGCCUGGUGGGGGAGAACAUGGUGGUGAAGAUCGCCGACUUCGGCCUCUCCAGGAACAUGUAUUCGGCUGACUACUACAAGGCCAACGAGAACGACGCCAUCCCCAUCCGCUGGAUGCCCCCCGAGUCCAUUUUCUACAACCGGUACACCACGGAGUCCGACGUCUGGGCCUACGGGGUGGUGCUGUGGGAGAUCUUCUCCUACGGCAUGCAGCCCUACUACGGGAUGGCCCAUGAGGAGGUCAUCUACUACGUGAGGGAUGGGAACGUCCUCUCCUGCCCAGACAAUUGCCCUCUGGAGCUCUACAACUUGAUGCGCCUCUGCUGGAGCAAGCUGCCCUCCGACCGGCCGAGCUUUGCCAGCAUCUACCGCAUCUUGGAGCGCAUGUACGAGAGGGCCGUGGCCUCCCUGCAGGUCUGAGGGGUGUCCCCCACCUCCACAUACCUGGGUGGAUGUGGGCAGGCCUGAAAGCUCCACUCGAAGCUGUGUUGUAGAGGAGAAGAAACACCUUGUUCCUCUGCCAAGCAAGAACCAUGUACUGCACCCCCCUGGGGUGGACUAUGUGUCACAAAGUAUGGGGAUAUCUCCCAGCCACAAGUCUGGGGCUCUUUGGGUUGGUGGCCGUGCUGGCCGUGCUAGCUCAGGACCUGUGUUAGGCAUUUCCAGGAGCACAGGGCUCCACAGGCAAAGCAAACCAACCUCUCGCUGGCGGCACUUCCCUUCCUGACAGUUCCCUCCAUGUUCUCCUGCGUUUGUGCACUUGGCUGUUACCUUUUUCUUCCCUUCCCUUCAUGUUUUCAACCACUACCUGAAAAAAAAUAUAUAUAUUGCAGAAAUCAAUUCUA